AUGGCUACUUUUAAAUUCUGUAAACUAUGCAGUAAUUUGUUAUAUCCAAGAGAAGAUAAAGAAGCUCACAAAUUAUUUUAUGCCUGUCGUAAUUGCAUUCAUCAAGAAGAAACCGAAAACAAAUGCGUAUAUAGAAACGAGAUUAUGCAUUCAUCAAAUGAAACCACUACAAUCAUUCGGGAUAUAGCUUGCGAUCCUACGUUGGCACGUACGGAAAAAGAAUGUCCAGAAUGUGGCUACACAGAAGCAGUAUAUUUUGAGCAACAGUCACGUCGUUCGGGACGUUCAGAUACCAAAAUGAUGUUAUAUUAUGCUUGUGCAAAUACUGAAUGUGGUUAUCGUUGGACUGAUCUUAAUGUUGAGAAUAAGCCGAAACCACCAGAUGAGGAAAAUAUAUCUGAAGGAGGAUAUAUUGAAGAAGAGAACUACAUGAACGAAAUGUUAUCCUAUGUAUUUAAAUAA